UAAAGCAAGCCUUCCAGCUGGGAAAACAAGGCAGAGGCAUUCAGGAGAGAGAAAAGGGACAACAACAAGCGCAGCUUUCACUCCCAGCGAGACCUCAUCAUGAAGUUUUAUCUCUGCAUCUUGGCCUUAAGUUUGGAGGCCUGCUUUGCUGCUCCAGGCCUAGACCCUGCUUUGGAUGACCACUGGCAACUGUGGAAAACAUGGCAUGGCAAGGAGUACCAUGAGAAGGAAGAAGGCUGGAGGAGAAUGAUCUGGGAGAAGAACUUGAAGAUGAUUGAAUUGCACAACCUGGACCACAGCCUGGGCAAGCACAGCUACACACUAGGAAUGAAUCAGUUUGGAGAUAUGAGUAAUGAAGAGUUCAGGCAAGUGAUGAAUGGCUUCAAAAGCACCAAGAAAGAAAGGAAAUUCACAGGAUCACACUUUCUUGAGCCAAAUUUCUUGGAGGCUCCAAAGUCCAUUGACUGGCGGGAGAAGGGAUACGUAACUCCCGUGAAGAAUCAGGGUCAAUGUGGCUCCUGCUGGGCUUUCAGUGCGACCGGAUCCCUUGAAGGACAGCACUUCCGUAAAACCGGCCAGCUGGUCUCCUUGAGUGAACAGAACCUCGUGGACUGUUCUCGGCCUGAAGGAAAUGAGGGCUGUAAUGGGGGCCUCAUGGACCAGGCUUUCCAAUAUAUAAAUGACAAUGGUGGCAUCGAUUCAGAGGACUCCUACCCUUACAUUGCAACGGAUAAAAAUAAUUGCUCGUACACGCCUGAAUACAACGCUGCUAAUGACACUGGCUUUGUGGACAUUCUGUCAGGGGAUGAAAGGGCCCUCAAGAAGGCCGUGGCUUCCAUAGGGCCAGUAUCCGUGGGCAUUGACGCAAGUCACGACUCCUUCCAGUUCUAUGCUUCAGGUAUUUAUUAUGAACUAGCCUGUAGUACUGAGAACCUGGAUCAUGGCGUUCUUGUUGUUGGUUAUGGUUUUGAGGGUGUAGAAGAAGAUGACAACAAGAAGUACUGGAUUGUAAAAAACAGCUGGGGCGAAACGUGGGGUGACAAAGGCUAUAUCUUGAUGGCUAAAGACAGACAUAACCACUGUGGAAUAGCCUCAUUAGCAAGCUAUCCUCUAGUAUAAUUUUGAAGGAAAAGGAGUCGCUGGAAUCUCCGUAACAGUCUUAAAACUGAGAAA